GGUGCGGCGGGGCCGCCGAAAAUAUCCAGUGUAAUAUUGGCAGUCUGAAGUCUCAGGCUUGGAUACAAAAGACAGUCUUCUCGUCUAAGAUUCAUAUGUCAYUAGCUUUGGUUUCGGCCUGAAGAAAAAGAAACCUAGGAAAGAUGGACUGGAAUGUGGGAGCACUCCAGAAUGCUGAUGCGCAGAAUAACUUGCAAAGUCAAGAAGCGUGUUACACUCAGGUGCUUUCCAAUGCACAUGUUACCGGAUGCAAUUAUACUGGAAAUAACCAAAUGAUGUUUCUGCCAACUAGCAAUAUGAAUGUUGCCUUCACUCCUGUAAACGCCGAAGGAUACAAAAAUCCAGAGCAGACCUUUUCAGGAGCAUCUGUAGCCGGCAGUAGCUUUGCUACCUCAGAAUAUUCAGUUGAUCAGUGUCCCCCUUCCCAUGUACCAUUAGCAACAAGACCUCCUAGCCACGCACCCCGCGUGCAGGCACAGAUAGUUCAGAAUCCGUGGCAGAGCUCUAAGGCACAGGUUUAUUCCCGGAGGAAGUUAGCCCCAUUUCCGCGGAUGAACUCUGGAAAUAACGUACAGACCAUUCCUCGGGAGCCCCAGAGUCAGUAUGUUGCCACGAAUGGUUAUGCUACACGGCCACCAGUCCCACAGCUGAACCCUGUGAGAACCACAAUGUUGUAUCAAAGCGGUCGCGAAUACCCUAAUGCUCCCAAGCCGGGGAGGSCCCUGUCCUAUAACAUGAAUGGCCCUGCUGCUUCUCAAGACAUUUCAGGACCCAUCAAUCAGUCAUCCGCUCAGUACGUGCGUUCCCAGAGUAAUUCUUUGCCCCAUAGUACACCUGGACAACAUGUCCAAAACCAAAAAUAUCAUCCAAGUCAUCACUUCCAAGUUCCGCACUCGCAGAGUCAAAAUAAUACUGUAAAUGCAGCACUGCAGCAACAUGUACCAAGCCAGAUGGCGUCAGAAACUCGUGGUGGAUGUUCUGCACCACCUUUGCUGCCUGCCAGCUGUGAUUCGAGAGUUGCAGCACAGCCCUUGCUAGGCAUUCAACAGGCAAUACAAAAUGUGCCCGCUGGAUAUACCCAUAACCAGCAGACGCACCYAUCAGACCAAACCAGUGCUGCUUGUUUUAACAGUGGUCAGCAAUACUGGCAGAAACAGCAGUCUGGAGAAGUUAGCCAAUCGGGUAGAAAUGUCUGUAAUUUGAGUGGAAAUGUGACAGCAAACCAACCUUUUAAUGAAAUGUCCGCAUCAUCUCCUGGCAUUUCCGAAAUAUUCUAUAAUAUUGUGCAAGAAGCAGCAAAUCCACCAAAUAAUACUGCUUCAGUUCAGGAAAGCCAGCCUCCUAAUUUAAUGAAUGCACCUAUUAAUACUCAAAUGCCUUCACUGACAAACAGUGGAACAAAAGUUACAAAGGAGAGACUGGUUUGGGAAGCGCAAAAACUGCUUUCUAUUAARAAGAAGUGUCUCCUGCUCGAAAGGUUGUUUCAGUACAAAAAAAACCUGCUAGCAGCUUCAGAAUCUGACAAGAGUACUUCCACACUUGCUCCAUGUUUUCAAAAUACUGUUACGAAUUUUCUUUCCCAAGUGCCCAAUCAAAAUGUAGCACCGUCCCUGUCUGAAAUGGUGACGACAGGGAAUCAGAAACACCCCAUUCUAAACUCUCCUCCUGGAGAAAGAAGUGACAGAAGCAUGACCAAUGUUGACAACGUAGGAUUAGAGAUGACUCCAAGUAAUCAUCCAGUGGACCAGGGAAGCUUUUCAUCAAACUUCCUUCCCCUUCCUGCUCAGAAUGAACUCCCCACUCAGUUAAAUAAUCCCGAGAGAGCUCCCAUCUCGGAACCAAAGGAUGUGCCAUCCUUGACCUCUUCUCAGAAGACACCGACAUCCUCUGACGGCACUUCACGCUGUGGUCAAGCUGAUAACCCUUUCAAAAUGGUAGGAAAGAACAUACCGCUUAAAGCUGGGAGCUCAUCAUUCCUUCAGUUUGUGUUGAGCAGCACAAAUAUUUUGAAAGAGAAGAAAGCUGGAGCUACUGCAGAUAAAAUACUGACAAGUCUCCUUUGCAAUGAGAAGCCUCCGCUAGGUGUAAUGGGCUCGGAUGGAAGCUUAUUACAAGACACUACUGAGAGGAACGUAGAAAAUUUGAGAGAUGAGCAGGCAUUUUUAGUUCAUACAAACUCUCCUGUUGCAAUGGGGUCUGAUGAAACUAAUUUCCAGAAAGAGGUAGCCCAGAAAAAAGCACUGUUUGUUGAAAAUUCACCUUCUGAACAAAACAACUGCACGUACUCUGUGGAAGAGCUAACUGCGUGCCUUGGCUUGUGGAGAAAACACGCUUCAGAACCUGCGAAUGCUCAAAAUGGUCCAGCAAACGAAAGCCCCGUGGCAAAUCCAACGUUACUGUUACCUUGCACUCAAAACACAACAAAUAAUAGAGAACAAAUUAAUGUUUCUGCUAGUACAAACGAGGCAGUUCUGCCUUCAACACCUGUUCCUGUAGGGCAAAAACAUGAAAUGUUGUGUUCCAAUUUGAUAAAAAGUUUUGAGCUCCAAGUUGCAGUUGUCUCUCCUUUGGUGCUUUCUAAUCAGAGAACACAGAGUGAAGAGGCAGACGUAUUUCCAACGUCAACAGGUGUAACCUACCCAGUGAUUGAAGCGGGAAGCAUAUGUAGCUUGCUAAAAGAAGGGGAAAAUGUUUUAACUCUGGUAAAUACUGAAAAAGAAACGAUAGAAACUGUUCCUUCAUCACCUGAUGACUGUGUUCUGGUAGAGAAAGUGAACUUGGAUUUGCAACAGAUCAAAUCAGCUGAUGGAAAUGAAGUCAUUGAAAAGAGUGUCAGUGCAAGGGAUGCAUGUGAUACAAAGCAAAGGCAAGUCAGCAGAUCCGUGCAAGAGGUCAGGGAGAGUCUGCGGCUUGGAUUGCCAGGCGAGUCUUCACUUCCAGAAUUGGGUAUGGAUCCUUCUAGUCAAAUCUUUCAGGAGAAUAUAAGUGACAAUAAAGAUAAGCAAGCUGUGUUAGAGCAAGGAAAUGCUUCCACGGCAGUGUUGAAAGACGUGAUUCAUAUUUCUAGUGUCUGCUCUCUUGUUGAAGGUGAUAUAUUCUAUAAUCCGCAAAUAGCAAGUAUCUUCAACUCGGCUCCUGUGACAAAUACAUUAAAUAGCAGUAGCUCAUUAGAAGAUAAUGCAGGUGACACAAAGCAAAAGGAGCAACAGCUGCACUUGAAUAAAGAUGAUGUAGGCCUGAAAGAAAAUGUUCUCCUAGGGGAGGGCUUUCUGCAGAUGACAUGGGAAGAGUUGCCAGGCUGUAUGAGCAAAGCAGAUAAGAUUUUGGAUGGUAGUACAAUUAGCAGUGCAGAGAAAGCAAGCAGCGGGGAUUCUCCUGAAACACUUUCUACCUCAGAGCAGAACAUGUCCAUAGAUGCAUCUUGCAAGUAUCCCAAAAAUGAUCUUGAAAAUCUUGCUAGUACAAACCUGGAGCUAACUCAAAACUCACAAGAUCCAUCACUUGGUGUAAGUGCUGAAACAGCCGUGCUCACUGUUACAGGAGACAGCAGCAAGCAAGAUUACGCAUCUGGUAAAACCAGUGUAGAUGAGGAUUUUGAGGAUUCAAAUCUUUUUGGAGGAGAACCUUUCAAAUGUCUAAAUGAUCAGCUGGCUGAACUUGUGAAAGAGUUUCCAUAUGGCAUUGAAGGUGCUGAUACGCAAACAAAAGAGCGAGUACAAAGUGAUUCUGUGGUUGAGUGCACCACGAAUCAGCCUCAAAAAGAAACUCGGACUUGUAACAAAAGUUUUGAUGCAGUAAAUCAGGUACAGACUACACUCUUAAGGUCUGAACAGAAGCAAGAACUGCUUCCUGAACCCAACCAGCAUUCCUCCAGUGAAAGCCAUAAAGCAACAAGCCAAGAGGCAGAAAAAGAUUCAAGAGAGAAAGAGAACCUUGAAAGCAAUAUUCAGUCUGGUCAGAGCCUAUGCAAAGAGAGAGAAAAAMCAGACAAAACCUCAAACCCUGAAAGGGAAAAAAAAACUUAUUGUUGUCUAAUGAGUUGGCUAUCUGCAGAGUAUGCAAUGCCAAAGUGCUCCUGUACAUGUAACAUAUCUGCUUCGGAGAAAAAUCAGAGUGAUCAUCAAAUUUCAGAAGCUGGAAGUGCUAUUUCUAAAGAGAUAGAGGAAAGCAAUAAUAAAUCUGAUUCCAAAACAACGAUGAUCAGUGCAAUGGGGAACCAGCCGACUGCAACAUGUCAAAACGAUGUUGGCAAAAAUAAGAAAGGUGUGAGCAAGUUCACCUCUGUAAUGAACAAAGAAGCGAGGACGAAGGUGAAUAAUGAGUUCACACCCCUUGCAGCACAACAGGACAAUAUUAAACCACUUAAUUCUUCUGAAAAACAAGACUCUGAUAAAUUGAGCAGAAGCAACAGCAAGGAAGAGCUGCAGAUCAAUAGAAAAAGCCCCUCAUUAGGGAAGGAGUCUCAUUCUGCCAAAAAAGAUUAUCAGAAUGUGUCUAAGGAGGAACAGUCAUCAGGAAAAGGUGGUUGUACAGACGCAGAUACUACAGUGUUGCUCCAAAAGAAAGAGAGAGUUGGCAAGAUUGAGGCUCUUUCAAACGAUAAAACUGAAAUAGGUGCAGCUGUGAAACGCAAGAYGGACAUUCAGAAAUCUAAAACCUCAGAAACUGUAGAAAGUCAGCAUUCUGAGGUCUGUCAGGAACAUAAGAAUAAAAUCUGUGAAGAGAACACCGGCAAAGAAGAGAACUGCAGGAAACAAAAGGACAAACUUGGAAAAGAGGUAGGAGUUGGCAUCAGAGGGAAGGUAAAAUUACCAGUGGAAAUAAAACAUAGAAAGCUGAAUAGCUAUCGUUCUGAUGCUGUUAAGUUCCCAAAUUUUAGCAAUGUAGAUUUAAAGUCAAGAAAUCAUAUAUAUUCUCAGCAUAAGUCUAUAAAAAUUCUUCCUUCACAGGAGAGUUCAUACAAACGGAAGUGGAAAGAAAAUAUUGUUGGAAAAAAAGACCCUAAGAGAACAAAGUUGGAUGAUGAAAAACUAAAACAGUCUGAAGCAAAGAAUUCUGAGCAACUUUUGCAUAAUCAAAUAGUAAAUCCUGACAAGACUGAAAAAUCCAUUGGAGAAAAUGUCAGGAAACGUAAGAGCUCCUUAACAGAUCACUCUGUCCUUAAACUACAGAAGAAAAUGGGACAAUCUUCAACCAUCUCUAAAAACUACUUUUGCAACAAAGAGAGACACCUUGAUGGUCAGAAUAAAGACAAGUCUUCGGAGAAAAUGUUUUCUGAUAAAAACCUGCUAUAUUUAAAUAGAAGAAAUAACAGAUUAAAAAUGUACCUUCAAAAGGAACCAAAAAAGCACUAUCUGAACAGAGUUGCAUUUAAACGUACUGCUCAGGAAAGCAUUUAUCUGACCAAAUUGGAGACAUCACCUGUCAGACCUGUCUGGCACAUGAAGCCCAAAGCAUCACAGAAAACCCCAGAUCGAAAAAGAGAGGCUUCUCUCUCAGAAAGUGAAAAAUCACACAAAGUACUUGAAUUUAAACUCUGUCCAGAGAUCCUGUUCAGAAAUCCAGCUCCUGAUGAAGAAAGCUCAGCUACAAAGAAUACCCUGGAGAGGGAUAAACCUCUCGUGGCAGGUGUCAAGAGUAAAAAAGAAGAUUGGUUAAAAUAUGAUCCAGUGAAGCAAAGAAAGCUGGAAGGGACCUCUGCAGUUGAGGACAGUAUUCCACUUGAUACAGCUAUACAAAUCCUGGAAGGAGAUGAUGAGGCACUUCACUUCCCAGUCAAAGACUCAAAAGGCAUGUUUCAGACCUACAGGAAAAUGUAUCUGGAAAAAAAAUGCAAAAGCCUGGAUAGCGUUCCUGUCUCAUAGGUCUGUCUAGAAAUCCUUGGGAAAAAAACUGCCAAUACCGAAAUAUAUUUUCCCUAUUUGCUUCAUGUUUGUGAAUGACUUUACAUUUUAUAUAUUCUUGAUGUUGGCAGUUUUUUUUUUUUUUAAAUCAGCCUCAUAUUUUGAAUGACUGAGAUUUCACUUACACGUUCUGUAUUUGUUGCACAAAUAGAGUUUGGUGCUGGAGAUGUCACUCUCAAUUGUAUUAGCCUUUUUUUGGCAUAUUUGCAUCCUUUUUUUUGGUUCUAAGUCUAGGAGUUAGCUCACUUUAUUAAAAAAAAAAAAAAAAAAAAAGGCACGUUAACAAACCUCAAGUUCAUGUCAAUUGUCGUAAACUGUUUCUUUCCUGCUUCUGGAAAACUACUUGUGAUGCUUUCCAUUGCUGGCAGUGGAAAAAUAUUCCUCGUGGAAAGGGAUUGCAGUGGAUCCUCAAGCAUUAUACCUUUGUUUUCUCCUUGGAGUCUGAUUGUCGUAAUUCUACCAAGGCUAUUUUUUCUUUUUUUUAAACAUCUUAAGAGUACAAAAUUAAAACACACAGAGCAGGGGAUACCGUGAAGUAUUUAUGCUGCUACCAAGUUUUGUUGUGUUUGUUUUCAUAAAGCCUGCAGAAACUGAGCUCUGAAUUCUUCAUUUAAAUAGCAGGCUGUUUACUGAUGUUUACCCAAAGUGUUUUUUCCCUCAAUUUUUGUCUCUCUCUCAGCUGUCUUUGCACUGAAAGAAAAGCGCAAUUGUUGAGGUCGAGGGAGUUUGAACUUAGUUUUGUCUAAACUGUGUUGCUCACUUUAACCAGGCUGUAAUUAAUUUCUUUGUUUAUAAACAAUGUUAAAUAAUAUUUUACUACACUUUGACUGUGACAUAAGAGUUAUAUUUGUUGCUCRAUUUUCUUUAAAGUGCCUUUUCAUUAUUGUUCAGAAUUUUAAAUUGAAUAGUAUUUUUUUCAGAAUUGUGGUAUUUGAUUCUUUUUGUCUGUUUAAACCUUUAUACUGAAAGUAAAAACUGUAGAUACUUUACUGACUGAUUUUUAUACCUGGAAUAAAAUUUUGAGGGCUUGC